UGGAUAUUAAGAAAAGCAAAUUGUCGACAAAUAAAUAAUACUUGCGUUUAUUAUGUCUGUUACCCUAAUUGAUUUGUAAAGAUGAAUCACUUUCUCUACAGUUUUAUAUUGUUUGCGUACUCCCAUGAACUAUUUCUUUUUAUUUAUUGUUAACAUAAUCGUCGUAGUUCGCGAAAAUCAUUUAAUGAGACCAUUUGUUAUUGCUAAUGGUUAUAAAUUUCACCAUAGUGAAUUAUAGCACCUAGGUUUAUCUAAAGCUUAUGUAAGAAAAAUGCAAUUUACUCAAUUUUGUUCCUCGUCCAUCUUCCUUCAGCAAAUCUUUCAUAACAUUUAUAGCGUAGCAGUGUACCUAUAUUACUUAAAUUAGUCCACAAAUAUCUUGCUAUAACACCACAGCGCAACAAUUUAACCUAAUUAAUUCAUAAAUUAAACCAAAGCAUCCGUAUAUGGGAUUGAACACGAACGGGAUAUGAGUAAGAGGUCCGCUAAGCCAUAAGAUUAAAAGAAUCUGGUCAACUGUGACAGAUGCAGGCGAGCAGAUCAACGCUCUCAUUGUGUCGGCAUAAGGCAGUGACAGAGAAAAUGAGGCUCUAAAUUCCACUGAUAUUUUUGCAUGUACGAAGCGUGCGGAGGGCGGGCGGCGUGCAAGCUACUUACGUAUAUAUAGGUUGGCACGGCUGCGCGCCGCCCAGUCGCACGUAGCUGUUCUACCGCGCACCACGUCGCUCUCGACUACUGUGACUCUACAUUCACUUGAAUCAUUAUAUAUCUCCUAUUAUAUGGACUAAUAUUACAGUGAUUUAUAAACGUUUAGUGUUGUGAAUAGACUUGUUAUUUUUUGGCUGUGUGUUGGCCGCCGGCGAGGUGAGCCGACCUGUAGCUGUCGCCCGGGACGCCAAUACUUUGGAUCAGACAAAGAAAAAACCGCCCAGCAUGAAGGACGAGCGUGCCAGUCUCCCGCGCGUUCGCAUUGCCGUCAUUGGCAGCUCUCGAGUUGGCAAGUCGGCACUCAUCGUCCGCUAUUUAACCAGAAGAUAUAUAGGAGAAUACCACUCAAAUACAGAUCUCCUAUACAGACAAACGGUACCGAUCAACGGCACUCCAGUUGAACUAGAAGUUAUCGAUGUAUCCGGUUCUAACGCCGAUAAAUUCCCGGCCGAACAGAUUCAAUGGGCUGACGCUUGCCUGCUGGUGUACGCGGUGACAGACCGCAGCAGCUUCGAGUACGCUACUGAGGUGCUGAGCGCGCUGAAGCGGGCGCCGACGGGCGGCAGUCCGGCGCACGGGCCGGCCGGCGCCGCCGCGCCCAUGCCGCUCGCGCUGCUUGGCAACAAGACCGACUUAGACCACUUGAGACAGGUAUCAACAAAGGAGGGUCAGGCCAUCAGUGCAGCUCACGGCGCUUCGUUCAGCGAGGCGAGCGUGGCCGACAACUCGGGCGAUCUCUACCGCUGCGUCGAUCGUCUGCUCGCGGAAGUGCGCACGCCGCAGCGCACACGCAAGUUCUCCGUCACCAAGAUGCUUGGAUCACUAAUAGGCGGUGGCGGCAACAGCCAAACAAACCGUAGCGGGUCUAUGGUGGCUUGCCCGCGCGUACCCGCGCCGGCGCGACCCCCGCUGGCGGCGGCGGCGCCCUGA